GUCCUGCAACGGUUGGAGUCGCGGGUUUUCCAACACCACAGACUGAAAUUCGGGGCUCCGUAUGUGGACGACACCUUCGUCGUAAUUGAACGGGAUCAGGUGCUGACAUGCAAAGAGCGUCUAGACGCCGUCUUCCCGGGCAUUCAAUCUACGAUGGAGGAAGAACAGAACAACCAGCUGGCCUUCCUGGAGGUCCUCGUUUGCCGCAAAGAUGGUGGUGCCCUAAAAACUAAAGUGUUCAGGAAAGCAACCAUUACAAUGCAAAUCCUGAACUACAACAGCAACCACCAAAUUGGUCACAAACGCAGUUGUGUAAGAGCGCUUUACCGGCGCGUUGAGACGCAUUGCAGCAUUGCCGAUCUCUUCCGUACGUAA